ACCAGAUGGUUGACUUUUUGCAACGAUUGGAACGUUGACGAUUUGCUUUCAUCUUUACUUUUUGAUAACUUGGAAAGCGAAAUACUGUUAAGUGACAUCAAUUCUUGUGCAGAGGUGUCUAUAAAUAUGUCUAAUUCUGUAAAGCUAGCUUUCUCUAUUCUGGAUCAUUUAUCACGAUGUUUAGAAGACUCGUCUGGUGAAAAGGCAGAGACUUUAGAGGUUGCCAUUCAAUGUUUGGAACAAGUUUUUGAAGUGGAAAAUUAUGACGAAAAUCAGAAGGAGGCAUUAAAAGUUGAUAAAUCAUUACAAGAAAUAUUUGACUCUUAUGAUAAAGGACACACAUCAAAGACAACUUCAGUUAUGCAGCCUACAGCUCAAGACAGAGAAAAAGCAGAGGAACUUAAAAAAGAGGGAAAUGAUCUCAUGAGAAUGGAGAAAUUUCAAGAAGCAAUAAACUGUUAUACACAAGCUAUAGCACUGGACAACACAAACCCAGUAUAUCCUUGUAACAGAGCUGCAGCAUACAGUAAGCUAAGUGAACAUCAAAAAGCUGUUGAUGACUGUAAACAAGCUCUUAAAUUAGACCCUAAGUACAGUAAGGCAUAUGGAAGAAUGGGUCUCUCCUAUCAAAAUAUGAAUGACCUACAAAAAGCUCAAGAGAGCUAUAAAAAGGCAAUUGAGCUAGAACCAGAUAAUGCAUUYUACAAAARAAGCUUGGGGGAAAUACAAGAAGCCCUAGGGCAGACAAGAGGWCCUUUACCGAAUACUGGCCCAGGAUUAUCAAGUGUUGGGUCCAUGGACUUUGCUUCYCUGUUGUCAAAUCCAGCAAUCAUGAACAUGGCUCAGAACUUUAUGACAAGCCCACAAAUGCAGCAUAUGAUGUCAAGCAUGAUGACAGGUGGYGGAGGAGCUCCAGGGUCUGGUGGUGGUAUGGGAGGUGGAGGAGGUGGAGGAGGUGGAAUGGGUCAGCUUUUCCAAGCGGCACAGCGAUUUGGUGAACAGCUACAAGAAACCAACCCAGACCUAAUGGAUCAACUGCGGGCUCAAGCCCAGGAAACCUUCCACAGAGAUCCUGAUAGCAAUCCUUUCAACGCUAGAGACAGCAAUAAACAGCCUGACGGUGAUGAUAAAAAAGAAUGAAAAAUCAGAACUCAGGAGAAAAUGGUACACAAAAUUGUUUUUAAAAAGGCAAAAUAUUUAUGAAAAAUCGUCUUGAAAGCAUUAUAUUAGGGAAAAGUUGUAAGGCCGUCGGUUUAGUGUGAUGUUUGGAACAUCUUUUAUCGUGCUAACAAGACCCGUGAACUAGUCAAACAAAUAAAUCAUAUACACUUGUAAAAUCAAUAAAGCCAAUUUAAACACGA